AGCCCCCGUCCCUCUCCCCCCGUCGUCAUCUAUCUCCCACAGUCCCACUCACUCCCCACUCCACUCCACUGGCGAGAUGGGGAGAGGCUCGGGCGCCGCUCCCGUCUCGCCGCGCCUCGCGCUUGAGGUUGCGGUGCUGGCGCUGCUCGCGGCGGCGGCCGCGCUGCCUUCCCCCGCGGCCGGGGUCAACGUCACGGCCGUGCUCUCGGCGUUCCCCAACUUCGCCGACUUCGCGCGACUGCUGGCGUCCACCCCCGUGGCCGGGGAGCUGGCCGGGAGGUCCUCGCUGACGCUGCUGGCCGUGCCGAAUGCCAACCUGCCGCGGUCGCCAUCGGCGUUCGCGGCCGGCGCCGGCGCCGACAUCGCCGACGUGCUGCGGUACCACGUCCUGCUCGAGUACCUCUCCCCGUUCGACCUCGCCCACCUCCCCGCGUCCGGGAAGCUCGUGACGACGCUGUUCCAGACCACGGGCCGCGCGCCCUCCGACCUCGGCGCCGUCAACCUCACCGCGGGGGCAAACUCCACCGUCGUGGUCCGCUCGCCGGCGCCGUCCCCGGGGUCCAACGCCACCGUCCUCGGCGCCGUGACCGCGGUGCCCUACAACCUCAGCGUCCUCGCUGUGGGUGGCCUUAUCGUCCCUUCCGGAUUCGACCUCGCGGCCUCCGAGAGCCGUCCGCCCCCGCCGGUGAACAUCACCCGGGUCCUCACCGACGCGCGGGGAUUCAACGUGGCGGCCUCCAUGCUGCAGGCUUCCGGUGUGGUGAGCGAAUUUGAGGGCGACGAGCACGGCGCCGGCAUCACCGUCUUCGUCCCCACCGACGAUGCCUUCGCCGGCCUCCCCGCCACCGACCACCUCCAGUCCCUCCCGGCUGAGCGCAAGGCCGUUGUGCUCCGCUUCCACGUGCUGCACUCCUACUACCCGCUCGGCUCCCUCGAGUCCAUCGUGAACCCCGUCCAGCCCACGCUCGCGACUGAGUACACCGAGGCUGGCCGCUUCACCCUAAAUAUAACCCGCGUCAAUGGCUCCAUUGCCAUUGACACCGGCGUCGUGCAGGCAUCCAUCACCCGCACGGUGUUCGACCAAAACCCUGUGUCAGUCUUCGCCGUCUCCAAGGUUCUACUACCCAAGGAAAUGUUCAGCCGGGGGGAUUCUGAGAGCACUGCCAUGGCACCACCUUCAGCCACAAUGGCACCCGGCGACGCCGGGAACGAGCGGACACCGCCGACAAGGCUGUCAUCCCCGCCUGACCUGCACGGCGAAGAUAGUGAGUCGUCAGCUGCUUUGGCGACAGCAAAUGGGAUUUCUUGGUGUUGUAUAGGAUUCAUGUAUCUACAGCUGCAUCUGUUACUAUCUCUGGUAUGAGAUCCAGCUUUGAAGGUUCAAAUGGAGGCGUCAUUGUGGGGAAUUUAGCAUCAGGAUUCGAUCUGAGAGAGUGAAUUCAAUAGAACUGGACUGAGGGGAUAUAUCACCAUGGAAUGGAUAAGCGGUUGUGCUGUCUCCCGCUCUGCCCAGGCUGAGAGUUUCACAAUCUCGCAAGAUAUUGUGGUAUGAAUACUCAUGCUAUAAUGAGGUUACUCUACCAUGUUAGAUUAUUUGACUCUAGUGGUAGAACUGAGGUCUCACAUGAAUGACAAGUUAGCUGCCAGCUGAGGUUCAAAGUGCAAAAGCUCCCUGUGGAAACUUACUGGCAGCUGACAGCCUCUGGCUAGAAAGAAAUUUGAUGGGGUAAUUUUUUAAAUAAAUUUGGUGGGGUAAAUUUUGCAUACACGUGUUGAACAAUUUAGGUGGAAUUACUGAAUCUCAUCUCAAGAUCAAGCA